AGCCCGAACAUCAGUUGUUGCUCCACUGAAGUAGCUGAACGUUGCACGGUGUCACCAUGAGCGCAUUGUGGAACAUAGUGCCGUGGUUCCUAGCCGCACGUGUCGCCAUCGACUCGCCCUGGGAGUACGGUCCCGAGUACACGUUCCAGGUCCGAGUGAACUCCACGGCGAUUCCGGAAGAAGGCAGCUACGUCAGCAUCCGGUUGAACGUCACUUCCAAGCUGGUAUGCCAGCCGAAAGGGUUUCACGUGUUGAGCUGUCACUUUCGGGACUCGAAGGCGGACAGUUACGUGACGGAGACCUUGGAUCCCGGAAUACCGGAGGUGCCGGUCAGCCAGGAGGCCUACGAGAUCAACCAGGAUCAGUUCGAGAUCAAAUUCAGCGAACAGGGUUUAGACAGUCUGGUGGUCAACGAGAACAUACAGCCACGGGAACUUGAUAUGAUCCGGGUGAUCGUUGAUCAACUUAACAUCGGCGUUCUCCCUGGAAAAUACAGGGAAACAUUGAUGGCGCUCGAGAAUUACACUCUUGGGGAGUGCAUGACGGAUUUCGACGUGGAUCGCAACGUACUGGAUUAUCCUACGCAUCUGAACAGUGAUUAUCAACUGCUCACGAUGUUCAAGGUGAAGGACGGACAGGUGCUGCAGAUCAGGAAGAGGAGACAUCUUCACAUGUGCAUGCACAGGGUGCCGUACUUCUUCGGGAGCGCGGAAAGUUUCAGGGAGGUCAGCGAUGUGGUGUCCACUAUUAGUUCCUCAACGAGUUACAUCGCCUUAACAUCCACGGAAUUCACAUCCGGCACCAGGAACGUGAUAAUCACGAACAAAGUGUCCGAAGGAGCGAUGACAACCUUAUACGAGGAUAUAAGCCUCAGAUUAGAGUCAAUUUUACCAGCGAAAGGUAAACCACCCGAAGUAAAAGAACCUGAACCAGCUAGUAUGUUCGUCGGAAGAUGGUUGAUGGACAAAUCGAUCGAAGAUGAUUUGUCAUUGGAGAUUUAAUCGAAUGAUUGAAUUCUGAAGAGGGAAAAGAAUGUGUACUAUGACAUGAUAUGCGACGAAACGAUCGAUAGUCGUUUUGCCAUUAUUGGCAGCUGAUGAUGGAAGAUAAUGUGUCAUUGUUAUUGUAAAUAAUGUAUUGCUGUAUUGGCAUUGAAUUCUGUGGAGAAUAAAAAUGUUUUUUGUUUGUA